AUGGCUUCCACACAACCCAAUCUCUACAGCUUUCCGAGCACCGAUGCUCUGGCUCUGCAAUUGCGGCCCUACAUCCUCCAAUGCCAGAAUGCUGCUCUCGCCCGCCAUGACACCUUCCGCGUCGCGGUCUCCGGCGGCUCCCUGCCCACUGUCCUCGCCCGCGCUCUCCUCGCCCCCAGCAAUGGUUCGCCGGAAGACACCCCCCGCUUCGACAAAUGGCAUAUCUUCUUCGCCGACGAGCGUGCGGUGCCGCUCGACGACAAAGAUAGCAACUACUUGCUGCUGAAGGCCGAGCUGCUCGGCAAGAUCCCUGCGGAGCUGGGUCACCCCACGGUGCAUCCCAUCAACGAGAAGCACGUCCUCGACGACGACACCCAGGAAUUGGCCGAUCUCUACCAGGAAGAUUUGAUGCGCGAGUUCGCCGCCCGCGAAAGCGUCAAGCUGCCCGUCUUCGACCUGAUCCUGCUCGGCUGUGGCCCCGAUGGCCACACCUGUAGUCUUUUCCCGGGCCACGAGCUGCUGCGGGAGAAGGACGCCUGGGUCGCCGCCGAGACCAACUCGCCGAAGCCCCCGCCUAAACGCAUCACUCUCACCUUGCCCGUCGUCACCUCGGCCUUGAACAUUGCCUUUGUCGCCACCGGCGCAGGCAAGAAGGAUAUCCUGAAAGCCAUCUUUGACUUGGAGGAAGGCCGGAGUCUCCCUUCUGCGUUAGUCAACCAGGGGGCCGGGGAGAAGGUGAGCUGGUUCGUCGAUCACCCCGCUGUGGACGGCGUGGCUUUCCCUCGUCGUGGCAGCCUGUGA